AUGAGGAUAUUGAGAUGGAUGUGUGGGUAUACUAGGUUGGAUAAAAUUAGGAAUGAAGUUAUUCGGGACAAGGUGGGAGUGGCCCCUGUGGAGGCAAAGAUACGUGAGGCGAGGUUGAGAUGGUUCAGGCAUGUUAAGAAGAGAAGCACAUAUGCCCCAGUUAGGAGAUAUGAGAGGUUGAUCUUGGGAGGUGAGAGGAGGGGUAGAGAUAGACCAAAGAAGUCUUCGGGAGAGGUGAUCAGGAAGGACAUGGCACAACUUGAGCUAACCGAGGAUAUGACCCUAGAUAGAAGGGUGUGGAAGUUGAAGAUUAGGGUAGAAGGUUUUCAGCUUCUGGUGCACAAGGAUUUUGUGCUUCGCGUUCGCGUGGCUUCACUCACGAACGCAGAAGGCAAUAUCCCUUAG